CAAACAUGGACAGCAGCCCUGCCUAUGAUCUGGGCGAUAUAUCCAAGGCCAUCCACAGGAUCUCUUCACAGUACUUGUCCGAAACCACAAACUUCGAUGCUGAACCCGUCACAAAAUCAGCAGACGUCGACACAGCAAACUCCCUCACUCAAAACUAUGGCACUCCGGACGCUUCUCCACAUAAAGUGGAUGAUGUGCUGACCGAAGCCUUCGAGAUUUUCGACUACCGCACGCGCAUGAACCACCCGUGCUUUUUUGGCUUCAUUCCCUCCCCGGUGCUUCCUCUCGCCUGGCUGGGAGAUGUGGUGUCGACGACCUUCAAUGCUCAUGGAGGGUCACGCUUUCAAAGCUCCGGUCCCAGCGCUAUCGAGCACACACUCAUCCACUGGAUGGCUUGCCGUGCUGGUCUGCCGGCAGCAACGGCCGGGGGGAUCGCAGUGUCUGGUGGCUCUAUGGCUAAUCUGACCGCCAUGGCCGUUGCAAGAGACGCCAAUCUUCCCCGAGAACAUUGGCAUACUGGGGUGGCGUACGUGUCUGAUCAAACCCAUUCGUCAAUCGCAAAGGGCCUGAGGAUUCUGGGAUUCCACGAGAAGCAAACCCGAAAGGUACCGACAGACGGCCGGUUUAGAAUGGAUGUCGAUGCACUCAUAUCAAUGGUAGAGGAAGAUCGGGAAGCCGGACGCCAUCCAUUUCUCAUAGUUGCAACCUGUGGCACGACAAACACCGGGGCUAUUGAUCCAAUUGACGAGAUUGCUGCAGUCGGCCGUGCUCACGGAAUCUGGGUGCAUGUUGACGGUGCUUAUGGGGCCACCGCAGUUCUGUCUACUUCCCAUCAAAGCCAGCUGAAAUGUCUAGGUGAUGUAGAUAGCAUCUCCUGGGAUGCACAUAAAUGGCUGUUCCAGACCUACGGCUGUGGCUUCCUUCUCAUGCGAGACCAAUCUCUUUUGACGGAGAGCUUCCGCACGGGGGCAGAAUAUACGCAAGAUGCAGAAGACGUUGACGACAUACCGAACUACUGGAACAUGGGCGUUGAGCUUACGAGGCCUACACGGGCGAUGAAGCUGUGGUUCACACUGCGCGUCCUGGGAGUGGACCAGACCAGCAGCUUGAUUGAUCAUGGAAUCAAAAUGGCCGAGUUCGCCGAACAGCAGGUUCGAGAACUGGAGCACUGGAAAAUCCUGAGUGCAGCUAGUUUGGCGAUUGUGACUUUUCGGUUUGCGCCGCCGGGCACGACAGAGAGCGAAUUGGACGAGAUUAACCGCGAGAUCUCCGGCCAGUUACUCGCAGAGAAUAUAGCGGGGAUGCUGACCACCAAGGUUCAUGGAAAGGUGGUCUUGCGCAUUUGCUCCAUCAGCCCAGCUCUGACCAGGGAGCUUCUGCAAAGGGCAAUCCAGGCGAUGGACAGAGUCGCCAAAAGCACGGUUAGCCGCCGUGCUGCGGGUGCUUGAGCUUGAGACCACAAUUGGCCUCCUAUAGUAGUAAGUAAUAUAGUUGGAUAGUGUUGGUAGGGACCAGCAUUUAGUCAGUGCACUUUUACGCUGACCUGACAGGUCUUCAAGCAUUGAUUUAGUUGCCAUUAAUGCAGAUAAACACUGCCUUCUAUAACUAUAAGGCAACUUAUGGUUAAAUGAUAGUAGAGAAAUCAAUAGAUCCAG